AUGCUUGUUCUCCGCGCUCCCACCGGACCUGUCUCCGCCGUCAGAUUCAUCACCAAACCCAAUCCUCGUAGCUCUUCCUCUUCUUCUUCCGAUCCAUGGCUCGGCCUCGUCCCCGCCGCGAACUCGAACACUCGCCGCCGGCGACGCGUCGUCCUCACUCUCUCUAACUCCGACUCAAACGGAAGCGUCAAAUCGUCCACGACCUCUACCUCAGCUCCUCCUCAAAUCCCAUCGACGGGAGACGACACGGUCUUCGUUGGUCAAGAGAACGUUCCUCUCGAAGGCGUUAUUCAAUUCGAUAAACCAAAAUCAAAUGCUUCAAUUAAGAAAUGGGGACGUGUGGCGUUACUUGCUGGUGGGGAUGUAUUGGCUUUGCUUAUCUUCUCUGCGAUUGGGAGAUUCAGCCAUGGAUUCCCUGUGUUUAGCUUCGAUACACUCCACACAGCUGAUCCUUUCAUUGCCGGAUGGUUUUUGAGUGCUUAUUUCUUGGGAGGAUAUGCAGAGGAAGGGAGAGGUAUGAAGGGUCAGUCCAAAGCGAUUGUUGCAGCUGCGAAAUCUUGGGCUCUCGGAGUUCCGCUUGGGAUAGUCAUUAGGUCAACCUCAUCUGGUCACGUCCCGGCUUAUAGCUUUAUCUUGGUGACAAUGGGAAGCACCGCUGUUUUACUUAUCGGUUGGAGAGCAUUGUUGUUCAGUGUUCUUCCUUCUGAGUCCAAGAAGAAAGACGAUACUUAUCGAAAAGGCAGCGCGUUCGAACUAUUCGAGUUGCUUACUUCAUUGAUUAGACGAUGGUGA